AUGGCUGCGAAACCGAGGUAUGAUUGGUUUCAAACCGAUUCCUGCAUAACAAUAACUAUAUUGAAAAAAGGAGUGGCCUUAAGUGAUUGCCGAGUUGCUUUCCAUGACAACGAAAUCAAAGUCUUUGUUGGAGAUGAAGUGAUUUUUGAAACAACCCUGGCAAGGCCUGUGGAUGAGAAGAACUUCACAGUUACUUGUACGCCUUCUAAGAUUGAAGUUAGAAUGCCCAAAGCCACGCCAGGGCACUGGCCAAUGCUUGGGGCCUCAUCUGCUGUGCCAGCGGCAAGUGAACCACCACACCCUACGAAGAACUGGGAGGCUAUCGAAAGGACUGUGGUACAGGAAGAAGAAAAUGAAGAUUUGGAAGGUGAUGCAGCCGUCAAUCGCCUGUUCCGCAAGCUGUACAGUGAGGCAUCCGAUGACGUGAAGAAGGCCAUGAUCAAGAGUUAUCAAGAAUCUGGUGGUACCGUUCUGUCUACAAACUGGGCAGAGAUCAGUAAGAAGCGAACAGAAGUAAGACCGCCUGAUUGCAUGGAGUACAAACGAUUUGAGCAGUAA